ACACAUUUGAAGCCAUGGUUACCUAGCGUGACAUUUGUUCCGCUUGCACGAGCAUUCGAAAGAGUAGGUGUAUACUUAUACAACCGAGUCCUUAGCCGAACUAAUAUUGGUUUAUAUGAUAAACGCUGGAAUCCGAGGAUUCACGGCCCUUAUUGCCACUGGCGUUAUUACGGCCCGCGUGACACCAAACUGAUGGACGUGAAACUGAAUGAAUUACUGGCAUGGUUUGGCAGGCGAGACAAAACUCCAAUAGCUAUGUGGAGGGAGUUCCAAAGAAAUUUGUUUCGUGUGCAUUAUCUUUACUAUGCAGGGCCUGUUUAUGGUAGCGUGGUAAGCUCUUGUCCGUUUAGUUUGUAA